UCAGCUACUGUAAUUAGACUGUGAUAAUCCCCUUGAAAGGCCUUUUUACCAGCUGACAAGGAUUCAGCUGGACGAGGGAGAGGAUUCAACGGUCAUGACAUUAAGUGGGCGGGAGUAACUGUAUAAGUGUGAAAAGAGUUUCUCUUCGUGGGCCAUUCCUGUGGAAUUUUGGAGAGGUUGCAGACAAGUAAUCUGUAAACUUUCGGUCCAUGUUUUUUCUUUAAUUAAUAAUUUAUUUAUUUAUGAGGAACUUUUGGUACUUGGUUGCUUCUUCGUCUCAUUCCAAAUCUUAUAUAACUUGCUAUAUUCCUCUCCUGUAACUCUACUUCCACUCUCUUCAUUUCCUUCUAAGUUCCCUCCUUUUUAAUUGAUUGAGUUUCUUGUUCAUCCAGACUUUUCACUUAUACCCAAAAUUAAUUCAACCCAAAAUCUGAACCUUUUUGUAUUGUUAGGAUCAGAUUUUUGCUACAUCAAUCGAUUAGGCUUCUAGGUAUUGCUAUAAAUUAACUGGGUAUUUGCUUCUAUAUCAUUCAGUUUCUGUUCACUAUAUAUCUGGGUAAGUGGUGGGUGGGUAAUAUAUAAUUUGAUUAAGCAAGAGUAGCAAGUUUUAAGGACAAUGUUUAUGCAAUACAAAAGGUGCAAUCCAUGGAAGUUGCACUUCAUCCUUGACAAGAAAUCAAGUGUGGAUAAAAGCUUCUACUUUUGGAUUUUUCAGAUCUUUAAUAGGUACAGCUUAGGCACUUAGCCAAACAGAUCUUUGUUUAGCUACUUUCUUGUGUUCUAUCUUUUUCUUUCUUCUUCUUUUGGUAUAGUAAUUGUAUAAGAAAUAGUGAGUGAAAGAAAGAGUGAUGAGAGGAGCAUCGCUGCCACCGGGUUUUCGAUUCCAUCCAACUGAUGAGGAACUGAUUGAUUAUUACUUGAAAAGAAAAGUACAAGGACUGGAGAUUGAGCUUGAAGUAAUCCCUGUGGUUGAUUUAUACAAGUUUGAUCCUUGGGAAUUACCAGACAAAUCCUUCCUUCCAAGACGAGAUAUGGAGUGGUUUUUCUUUUGUCCAAGGGAUAGGAAGUACCCAAAUGGAUCACGAACAAAUCGAGCCACCAAAUCAGGUUACUGGAAAGCAACUGGAAAAGAUCGAAAAGUGGAGUGUCAGUCUACCAUUGCUGGCUACCGCAAGACCUUGGUUUUUUACCAUGGACGCGCCCCUUUAGGCAAUAGAACAGAUUAUGUAAUGCACGAAUAUCGACUCUAUGAUGAUGAUCUUCCUCAAGGCUCACAAAAUGUUCAGGGAGCUUUUGCUUUGUGUCGUGUGGUUAAAAAAACACAUGGAGACCUGAAAUUCAAGAGCGUUGGAGAAAGCUCAAGCAACCCGGAUAUCAGUCCUUCAGCAAGUGAGCCACAAGGGAGUAACCCCUGCAAUGAUAACCGUCAAGCCAGUCCUCUUGUCUCUCCAUAUCCUUAUGGUGAAGCAAGAGUAAUUCCAUCACUUGAAAAUGUUUGUAUGGACAGCAAUCCUACAAGUCCGUGGAUCUCACCAGAGUUAAUUGUUGAUUCUUCCAAGGAUUACCCACAAGUGGAAGAAGCUGCAUCAGAGUACUUUCCGUCAUUCGAGUUUAGUUCAGUUAGCUCGGUGAAUCAAUGGCAGCAAUAUGAAAACCAGGAACCUAUCUCAAAUUAUAAUGGGGAAAUUGCUUGCAUGUCACCUUACUUGGAAUAUAUAAACUUCAUGGACUUUUAUGGGGAUGAAGAUAUGCGUUAUGAUCAUUGUACCAGUUCAUAGUAACCCUGUAAUUUACCAGAACAGAGUUCAAAAGUUGAAAGACUUAGCCCCAGUUUGCAAGUUCAGAGAAUCUUAGUAUGAUGAGAAUAGUCUCCGAGACAAUGCCUUUUAACGUUUGCUCUUGGAGUGAAAUAAAUAUAAAUAUACAGGUGUAUGUGUAUGUGUAUGUGUUUGUGUGUGGAGAAAAUGGAGUGAAAAAGUCAUUGUGUGUCUGCUUUCUUGUCUCUGCCAAGUGUAAAAGUUUCUCUUGUCCACUUUGAUAAAGGGACUUUGAGCC